GGUUUCAUAAAGAUAAUUGCCUGUUUUGAAUGUUACAUCCUAGAUUUUUGAGAAGAAGACUUGAGACCUUAUUUGCAAACCCGUAUCAGCUAGUUAGAUUGAAGGAACCAUCAACUACAACUCCAGUGAUCAAACCUCCUACAGAAAAGAAACCCAAAGUAUUUGAAGCUGCACGUACAAGUAUCUACAGUAUUGACAAUUUGCAUGUAAAUGCAUCUCGGUAUCAGUUUAAAAAGAUGCCUCAGAAAAAGCCAACCAAAUCUCUCUGUGUUGCACCAUCGGGUUUGUUCAUCCCAAAGGAAGUACCCCCUCAAAACAUGAUGACAAUGGAAGCUGCAAAUGCUAGCACUCCUGCAACUCUAGGUGCGAAUGAAGUAUCGUUUAAGUUGGAGCAGUAUCACAUGCAAAUGGACAGACUCAAUAGAGUGCCUAUGAUUGGAGGAGGCUCUAAUGAUAUGUUAGCGAUUUGUAGAGAUCUUGGAAACAACUCAAAGAAGACUGGUAAGAGAAAACUCUCAUGGCGAGACCCACUGGUGUUGAAGGCUUGAAGUCUUGAUGUGAAUUUUGUGGAUGACAAAGGUGUGUCUUCUGUACAUUUAAUUUGCAAGAGUCGAGACAAAAUAGAACUUUUCUCAGUUGCCAUUAGCUCAUGCAACUAUGCAAGAUGAGAUGGAGAGGACAUAUGUUUUAC